GGGACACCUGCUCGUGCUGGGCAGGGCGGGGAUGCGCAGCCGCGGCCCCUUCUCCUCCGCUCCCCCUCCCCGCCCCACCCCUCCCUCCAUCCCUCACCGGCUCCCCGGCUCCCGCCCCGCCCGCCCGCCGCUCCGGGGGGGUCUCCGCCGCCGCCGCCGCCGGAAGGAGCCGCCAUUUGCUACCGCCGAACGCACGGGCCGAGCCGAGCCGGAUCCGGGAGUCGGAGCGGGACUGGGGCCGGGAGGACGACGAUGGGGGGCGGCCCCGCCGCAGGAGGGCCGGGGCGCAUAAGCCCCGGCGCCCGGCCGGCUCCGGACCCCGACCCGCGGGGCGCGACACCCUGAGCCCCCUCCCCGCCCCCUGCCCCUGCCCCUGCUCGGGCCAUGCCUGCCCACCCCGCCGUCCGCGGGCUAACGGCCCUCUCGGCCCCGCGAGCCCUGGUGCCCCGGCGGCGGCAGCAGUGAACAGCGCUUGCAGGCCGCGGAGACCCCGGCCCGGUCCUGCGCUCCCGCGCGCGCCCCCUUCCCGGCCUGCUCCUCGCCCUUCCCCCCGCCGCUCGGGAGCCCCCCUCGCUCGCCGCCCCCCGCCCCCCGGCGCCCGGACGAUGCUCAAGUCUCGGCUCCGCAUGUUCCUGAACGAGCUGAAGCUGCUGGUGCUGACGGGCGGGGGGCGGCCCCGGGCCGAGCCGCAGCCCCGGGGGGGCGGGGGAGGCGGCUGCGGCUGGGCGCCCUUCGCUGGCUGCUCCGCCCGGGACGGUGACGGCGACGAGGAGGAGUACUACGGGUCGGAGCCGCGGGCCCGGGGCCUGGCCGGCGACAAGGAACCGCGGGCCGGACCCCCGCCGCCGCCUGCGCCGCCGCCGCCGCCCCCAGGCGCGCUGGACGCCCUGUCGCUCAGCAGCAGCCUGGACAGUGGGCUCCGAACCCCCCAGUGCAGGAUCUGCUUCCAAGGCCCAGAGCAGGGGGAGCUCCUGAGCCCUUGCCGCUGUGACGGCUCGGUGCGUUGCACACACCAACCCUGCCUAAUCCGCUGGAUCAGUGAGAGGGGCUCCUGGAGCUGUGAGCUUUGCUACUUCAAGUACCAGGUCUUGGCGAUCAGCACCAAGAAUCCACUGCAGUGGCAGGCCAUCUCCCUGACCGUCAUCGAGAAGGUCCAGAUCGCUGCUAUCGUCCUGGGCUCCCUGUUCCUCGUCGCCAGCAUCUCCUGGCUCAUCUGGUCCUCACUCAGCCCUUCAGCCAAGUGGCAACGCCAGGACCUGCUCUUCCAGAUCUGCUAUGGCAUGUACGGCUUCAUGGAUGUUGUCUGCAUAGGUCUCAUCGUCCAUGAAGGCUCUUCUGUUUACCGCAUCUUCAAGCGCUGGCAGGCCGUGAACCAGCAGUGGAAGGUCUUGAACUAUGACAAGACCAAGGACGUGGGAGGAGACGCGGGGGGAGGGGCAGCAGGGAAGCCAGGCCCCAGGACCACACGGACCAGCCCCCCUGCUGGGGCCCCCAGCCGGCCUCCAGCUGCCCAGCGCAUGCGGACGCUCUUGCCUCAGCGCUGUGGUUACACAAUCCUGCAUCUCCUUGGACAGCUACGGCCACCAGAUGCCCGUUCCAGCUCUCAUUCUGGCCGAGAGGUUGUCAUGAGGGUCACCACAGUCUGACCUGGACUCCGGGCACGGGGAUCUUAAGUCAAUGCAUCAGCCAGAGGUGAGCCGCCCUGGCUGCUGGAGGUACGACCUAGACAACGCGUUGUUUGGGGCACGGUGACCCCACCAUUGAGGAUCUCUGUGGACAGCCUCGAGCUUGGAGACAUUGUCUGGCCUCUACCGUCCACAGGGUAGAGACCCCUGGGUGACAUUCCAGUUCCCACUGACACCACCUCAUACUCAUCUUGAGGAUGGCCAGCAGGCAAGCGGGGAGAACAACUUUUCCUCCUGGAGAGAACCAUCUUUACCUCAGCUUUAGGGCCUCCAGUCCCCUGGCUCCACCAUGGUGACUUGGUAAAGGGAGACCAAUGCCAGAAAAAAGGGGCUGUAGACCCCCAUUCCCCACCCCAUGGCCACAGGGCAUCUGGCAAUAAGACUAGUAAACAUUGACCUCGUUCCCUGCAUGAGAGCGGGGGACUUCCCCCUGCCCCGCCCCCACUGCAUGGGGGAAGGGCAUAAAGAAUCAUUUAUAUGCACGUGGAGACUCCUUUCUCAUCUGGGGCUCUUGUGAAGGGCUGGAGGGUGUGGGGAGGUCCCUCGGCUCGGGUCACAAGUCCCAGUGAUGCCUAUGGAGUUGGAAGAGGGACACCCGAUGGCUGCCGGACACCAGUGUACCCAGCGUGUCAGUGUGUCCAGUGUGUCCAGUGUGUCAGUGUGUCCAGUGUGUCAGUGUGCCCAGCGCACUGUCAGUGCUCGAGGUCGCCCGCCGAGGAGGGGUGGGCUUGCCACCUGUGAGUUUUACGGUUUAGAAAAAACAAAAUCUGAGCUCUUUUUACUUCCUGUCUACCUCACAGACUCGGGAUGAGGAUAAACGGGGAACAGGUUGAAUUUUAUGAGAAAGAAAACUGACAGGUGUAUAAAGAGUCCCAGACUAGCCGCCAGUGAUGACUUAAAACAGUAGGUGACAUAGCAAGGUCCGAAAUGUGGUUUCUGUCAGAAGUGGCACAGAACUUUGGUGUUUUGAGAGACAAAAAUAGAGAAACAAAAGAGGAAGUCUAUCCCGCAACUGUGCAGGACAGUGGCCGUUGUAGGACUGAGAACCCUUCUGACCCUCCAAACACCGGACCUGGGGGGCGCGUGGCUGGAGCUGCUCAGCCUGCCUGAGAGCAGUCCUUUCCUUCCGGGUGCUGUGCUCCCCCAGAGGAAUGGGGGAGAUGAGCAUGGACUCACGUAGGGCUGCUGGGACGGAGCCUUCUCCCUCAGUGUUAUGACUGGAACCCCAACUGAGAGUUUUCUACGGCAGUUCAGGAUCACAGGCUUGAUCAGGUGUGCCCGGCUAGUGGUGUUCCUAGGAGAUAGAGGCGCAAAAGAACCCUUCUUUAUUAUAGAAAGGAUUUGGGGAAUGUGGGUCUAAGGGCUGGGGGUGUGGGUCAGUGGUGGGCAUGUGGUCCCGGGGCUAACUCCCAUAGCCACCGAAAGAACGAUGUGGGUCAGCUCGAAGCUUGAUUCCUUCCCUCCUGAAGCCUGGAGGUUGGGUGUUAUAUGAAUGAUGGUUGUCUUUUUUAAGUGAACCAUUCAUGAGCAAUUAAAAAGUUCCUUCAUACAUUGCUAAAGUCA